AUGGUCCAGACAGCCGACGUUGAGCGUGGCCCCGUGGUGGCGAUCCCGGGGGAGGAGGACGAUGCGUCGCCGAUCGAGGAGGUCCGGCUGACUGUGCCAGCCGGCGACGACCCGACGCUGCCGGUGUGGACGUUCCGGAUGUGGUUCCUCGGACUCUUGUCGUGCGCGCUCAUGAGCUUCCUCAACCAGUUCUUCUCCUACCGCACGGAGCCGAUCAUCGUCACCCAGAUCACCGUGCAGGUGGCCUCGCUGCCGCUCGGGCACCUCCUCGCGCGCGUACUGCCGAGCCGCAAGUUUAAGGCCCCUGCGCUCCUCGGCGGUGGGGAGUUCUCCCUCAACCCGGGGCCCUUCAACAUGAAGGAGCACGUGCUCAUCUCCAUCUUCGCCAACGCGGGGUGCGCCUUCGGCAACGGCUCCGCCUACGCCGUCAUGAUCGUCGAUAUCAUCCGCGCCUUCUACCGCCGGUCCAUCUCGUUCUUCGCGGCGUGGCUGCUCAUCAUCACCACGCAGGUGCUCGGGUACGGCUGGGCGGGGCUGAUGCGCAAGUACGUGGUCGAGCCGGCACACAUGUGGUGGCCGGGCACGCUCGUGCAGGUGUCCCUGUUCCGAGCGCUGCACGAGAAGGAGGACCAGCCGGAGGGCGUCGCCUCGCGCAGGAUGCCGCGGGCCAAGUUCUUCCUGGUGGCGCUCGCCUGCAGCUUCCUGUGGUACGCCGUGCCGGGCUACCUCUUCCCGACGCUGACGUCCGUGUCCUGGGUGUGCUGGCUCUUCUCCAAGUCGGUAACGGCGCAGCAGCUGGGCUCCGGCAUGAAGGGCCUCGGCCUCGGAGCCUUCACCCUCGACUGGACGGCCGUGUCGUCGUUCCUCUUCAGCCCCUUGGUGUCGCCGUUCUUCGCCACCGCCAACAUCUUGGUCGGCUUUGCGCUCUUCAUGUACGUGAUCGUGCCGACUGCCUACUGGGGUCUCGACCUGUACCACGCCGGGAGGUUUCCCAUAUUCUCGUCGCACCUCUUCAUGUUCAACGGGAAGAGCUACGACAUCACGGCCAUCGUGAACGACCGGUUCGAGAUCGACAUGGACGCGUACCAGCGGCUCGGGCGGAUCAACAUGAGCACGUUCUUCGCGCUGUCGUACGGACUCAGCUUCGCGGCGAUCGCCGCCACCAUCACGCACGUCGCGCUGUUCCACGGGAAGGAGAUCUACCGCCGCUUCCGCGCCUCGCAGAAGGACAAGCCCGACGUCCACACGAGGCUGAUGAAGAACUACGAGGACGCGCCCGGCUGGUGGUUUUACGCCUUGCUAGCGCUGUCCGUGGUCGUCUCGCUUAUCCUCUGCACCGUCCUCAAGAACGAGGUGCAGCUCCCCUGGUGGGGGCUCCUCUUCGCCUGCGGCCUGGCCUUCGUGUUCACGCUGCCCAUCAGUAUCAUCACGGCCACGACCAACCAGACGCCGGGGCUUAAUGUCAUCUCUGAGUACGUCAUUGGGCUCAUACUUCCGGGUAAGCCGAUCGCCAACGUCUGCUUCAAGGUGUACGGCUACAUGAGCAUGUCGCAAGCCGUGUCCUUCCUCGCGGACUUCAAGCUCGGGCACUACAUGAAGAUACCUCCCAAGUCCAUGUUCCUCGUGCAGUUCGUCGGCACAAUGUUCGCCGGCACGGUCAACCUCGGGGUGGCGUACUGGCUGCUCGGCUCCGUCCACAACAUCUGCCAGGAUACGCUCCUCCCCGCCGACAGCCCGUGGACGUGCCCGAGCGACCGCGUCUUCUUCGACGCGUCCGUCAUCUGGGGCCUCGUCGGGCCGCGCCGCAUCUUCGGGCCGCUGGGCAACUACGGCGCGCUCAACUGGUUCUUCCUCGUCGGCGCGGCGGGCCCUGCCAUCGUGUACGCGCUCCACAGGGCGUUCCCUGCCCAGGCCUGGAUACCCAUGAUCAACCUGCCGGUGCUCAUCGGCGCGACCGCCAGCAUGCCGCCGGCGACGGCCGUGAACUACAACUCGUGGCUGGUGAUCGGCAUCGUUUUCAACUUCUUCGUGUUCCGGUACAGGAAGAGGUGGUGGGAGAGGUACAACUACGUCCUGUCCGCCGCGCUGGACGCCGGCGUGGCGUUCAUGGGGGUGUUGCUGUACUUUACGUUGUCGAUGGAGAACCGAAGUAUCAACUGGUGGGGGACGGCCGGGGAGCACUGCCCGCUUUGUUUUGCGCCGCUUCAGCCAUACAUAGAGCAAGAAGGAUUGGCAUCGGAAGAGGUGGCGUCUCCCGUUGAUGAGUCGGUCGCCAGGACGACGAGGCGACUGCAGUGUGACGCAUCCACCAGUGAGGCCACGCACCUCCUCGACCGCGCCUGCAUCGACCCGGCCACCAUCCUCAACAUCCAGAGUAUCCCCCUUGUCGAGCUCACCAGCCGCACCUUCAACGUGCACGCUGCCCACCACUUUGCCUCCAACCAGAGUCGCAAGGCUAGCUUCCUCCCCGGCUCCAAGGAUGCUUACACCACCUUUGUGCCCCUCAAUAGCACCGCCAUCACUUUGUCUCCAGCAACGAUUGGGACCACCGCGCCAUCAUUUGGCUUCUCGGUGGUGCUAACACUUACUGCCUCCAUCACGCCCUCCAUUAGGGAUGAUAAUUUAUUCUGA